CGCGCGGGCGCGGUCGUCGCGGUCGCUCCGCUCCUCCCUCGGUCCUCGCCGCCGCGUCGUCGACGCGUGCCGGCCGGUCGAUUCCCCCGCGGGUGGGCGGCGCCGUGUUCAUUCGAUCUGCCCCGGGCUCCGCGGUCAAUGCGGGCGCGGAGAUGAGCGCCGGCGGCGGGGAGGAGGAAGAGGAGGAGGAGGUGUUCUACGAGUCGCGGGACCGCGUGCUCUCCUCCUCCUGCUCCUCCACCUCCGCCUCGGACGACGACGACCACGACCACCCGCGCUGGCGACGGGAUGGGGGCGCCUCCGCCGCGGCGGCCGCGGCGGCGCUCGACGUGUGGACGUCCGAGCCGGCCCCCGUGCAGGAGCGCCGCCGGAGGCUGCUCCAGAUGAUGGGGCUCGCCGGGGACCCCGCCCUCGCGCGCCUCGAGAUGGGCCGAUCGGCCUCCUACGACGGGCCCGUACGCCCGGCGCCGGUCUCGCCCAUCUCCCGAUCCAGAUCAGAUGGCGCCGUCCCGACAAAGCCCCCGCUGGGGGCCCGGUCACGCCAGGCGUCGUCGGGCUCUUCCGAGGCCACGCCCGAGGGGGAGGAGGCCGACCCGAGGUGCCUAAUCCGAAACCUCGACGACGGCAGAGAGUUCGUGGUCAAGGAGGAGUUCGACCUCCGCGAGGUCGGCACGGGCCGGCAGCUCACCAUGGAGGAGUUUGUUGACCUCUGCGUCGGCCGCUCGCCCAUAGUCCAGGAGCUCAUGCGACGCGAGAAUGUUGCCAACUCCGGCUCAAACAACGACCCGUCCACCCCCAUCCAGAGGUCCAACUCCGGCUCCAGCAACGGAGCAACGCGACACAGGCGGCGUAGCAGCUGGCUUCGGAGCAUCCGGAACGUCGCUGGCUCCAUGGUGGUCAGCUCCCGCGACCGCCGCAGCAGCGACGAGAAGGACACAUGCUCGGAGAAAGGCGGCCGCCGGUCCAGCUCAGCCACAGAUGACAGCCAGGACAGUGCCGGAGCCGUGCACCAUGGCCCGGUGCGCGUUAAGGUCCGGCAGUAUGGAAAGUCGUACAAGGAACUCAGUGGUCUGUUCAUGAACCAGGAGAUACAGGCUCACAAUGGGUCCAUCUGGAGCAUCAGGUUUAGUCCAGAUGGCCAAUACCUCGCGAGUGCUGGUGAGGACUGCGUGAUCCAUGUCUGGGAAGUGUCCGAGUUUGAGAGGAAACUUGAGGAGAAUGGGGUGUGCAAUCCUUUUGUUGCCAUGGUGUGCAAUGGUUCGCUGGAGCCAACAUUAGCGUUGGCCAGUCUGGAUGGAAGCAAUAGUGAGAAGAAGCGUCGGGCAAGGUUCUUGGAGAGUCGGAGGUCUGUGAGUUCGGACCGGCUCAUGGUGCCAGAGCAUGUGUUUGCAUUGUCAGAAAAGCCGAUCCGAACCUUUGUGGGGCAUUCAGAAGAUGUGCUUGAUCUCUGUUGGUCCAAAUCUCAGUACUUACUUUCAUCUUCAAUGGAUAAAACAGUGAAGUUGUGGCAUAUCUCGAGCACUUCAUGUCUGAAAACAUUCUCACAUAGUGACUAUGUGACGUGCAUCCAGUUCAACCCUGUUGAUGAUAGAUACUUCAUUAGUGGUUCAUUGGAUGAAAAAGUCCGGAUAUGGAGCAUUCAAAACCGUGAAAUUGUUGAUUGGAAUGAUUUGCAUGAAAUGGUCACUGCUGCUUGCUAUACCCCAGAUGGACAGAGUGCAUUAAUUGGUUCCCAUAAAGGCAGCUGCCAUAUUUAUGAUACAUCUGAUAAUAGACUUCUUCAAAAGAAACAAAUUGAUCUGCAAAAUAAGAAAAAGAAGUCCAGUCAGAAGAAAAUCACUGGGUUUCAGUUUCUCCCAGGAAAUACUUCAAGGGUGCUUAUUACAUCUGCAGAUUCAAGAAUCAGGGUUGUUGAUGGCCUAAAUCUAGUUCACAAGUACAAAGGUUUCCGAAAUACUAGCAGCCAAAUCUCAGCCUGUUUAGCUGCUAAUGGGAGGUAUGUGAUCUCUGCAAGUGAGGAUUCCCAUGUGUAUAUAUGGAGAAACGAUGAUAAUCUUGAACGAGGUAGAAGCAAGGGGAAUGUUACUGUCACCAAUUCCUAUGAAUAUUUCCACUGCCAGGAUGUGACAGUAGCUGUUGCUUUGCCAUCUACUGGCUCGGCAAUGGUAUCAAGAACAAACUCCAGGAAGCACGAUGAGCAGGACUGUGUAUCCGAGCAUCAUCUGUUGCAUGUUGUCCCUGAGAAACUGCAAGCUUCCUGUGAUUUCCAAUCCCAAAGUGGCAAUAUCCUAAGCACCAGUUCAAAUCACAGUGGUGAUAGAGCAACUUGGCCUGAAGAGCUCAUGACGCCAACAAAGCAGAGCCCUCGGUCUAGUGCCAGUCUUCCCAGUGGUGCUGGUCAAGCUUCGAGUCGGUCCGCCUGGGGAAUGGUAAUGGUCACGGCAGGACGUGGAGGUCAGAUCAGAACAUUUCAGAAUUUUGGGUUUCCUGCUCGAGUAUAGUAGCUAUGAGGCUGCUGCCUGGACUCGGCAUCUGCUCUGCAGCAAGCCGGGUGAUUUUUGUGUAUAGAUAGGUGAAAAUUUGGGUGAUUUGCACAGCAGUCUGGGAUGUGGGAUUUUGUCGCUCCUAGGUGCACCUGCUUGUGAACUUCAACUAACCUACGACCUGGCAGUCGAGGCACGGCGAAUUCGUUUGCCCGGAAUUGUAUAUGAGAAUGGAGCCCGGGAAGGACGACAGGCGUCGGCCGGUUGGAGCGAGAUCUCUUGGGAUCUUUUGCCACCAUCUUUUCAGCUGUUUUCUCCAAUGAGUCCAGUUUAGAUUUUCUCUUGAUGUUUACCCUUUAUUAUAUAUUCUUGUAAGAAGAAAUCUCAGUUCUACAGAAAAAGAAAAGCAAAAAAGAGUUGCAUAGAGUGAUGAAUUCGUUGUACUGGUAUAGCAGGCUUGAGAUGUUAAUGGUACAUGAGUAUAGGAGUAAUAGAGGGACUAGGAAGAGAUGCAAAAAUUUUGAGUUCUGAAGCUUUUGGACUUUACUUCUGGACAAGGUUGGCCCGGUGCAUUUCUGAUGUAUAUCUGGUGUCGAACUGCCGGUUAUCCAACAAACUUGUUAUCGACUCUCUGUUUUCGAUCA